GGGAUCUAAACAGAAGGCACUAAGGGUCUGAGAGCUGAGCAGCGGGAAUGGCUCUAAGGAUGCUCUGGGCUGGACAGGCCAAGGGGAUCCUGGGAGGCUGGAGGGCCGCCUGCUUGGUGGUGUCUCUGCUCCUACAGCACCCAGGAGUUAACAGCAAGUGCUACUUCCAAGCUCAAGCCCCCUGCCACUACGAGGGGAAAUAUUUCACUCUGGGUGAAUCUUGGCUCCGCAAGGACUGCUUCCAUUGUACCUGUCUGCAUCCUGUUGGUGUGGGCUGCUGUGACACGUCCCAGCAUCCCAUUGACUUCCCCGCGGGGUGUGAAGUGCGCCAGGAGGCAGGAACUUGUCAGUUUUCCCUGGUGCAAAAAUCUGACCCUCAGCUGCCCUGCAAAGGGGGAGGACCUGACUUAGAAUGGGGCUCCGCUAACACCCCUGUUCCUGGGGCUCCUGCUCCCCACUCCAGCUGA